AUAAAGAGAAAAAAGCUCUAAUUUUCAUGGAAAGGCUACUGCUUUGUCCCACGGCAAACACUGCACAGGAUUUCUGUGUUGGUUUUAGAACUCUGGUUCCUAUGGGCUCGCCCCCAGGUUUCCGGUGGUAUUUCUGUAAAUGAACUUAACCAAAAGGGGCAUACCUGUCUAAGCAACCCAGUUCUACUGUGACGCCAUAACUGAGCGCCACGUGUCGCUCGUAUGUCUCUCUUGUCCCCAUCGAUUUCCUUCUGCUCAAUCACCGCUCACAUCAAACCCACUUUAUAACUUAUAAGAGAGAACCAAACUCACAAGUUCACAACGACAAAGAGAGAAGAAAACCAAACAGGUGACUACACAACCCGGAGGAAUGUGCGGCGGAGCAAUAUUUUCCGAUCUGCUGGCGGCAGAGAAGUGGAAGAAUACGGCGGAGCUCCGGUCAUCCAAAGUGGAAGAGGGACUGCAAAGAAAGGGCAAAAAGAGAGGGAGAGAGAGGAAGAACAUGUACCGGGGAAUUCGACAGCGUCCGUGGGGGAAAUGGGCGGCUGAGAUUCGCGACCCGUUCAAGGGAGUUCGAGUGUGGCUUGGGACUUACGAAACGGCUGAGGAGGCGGCAAGAGCCUACGAUAAGGCGGCCAGGCAAAUCCGUGGCGACAAGGCCAAGCUCAACUUCCCAAAGCCUGAGCCUGAGCCCGAGCCCGAGCACGGGCCACAGGCUAAGAGGCUCUGUGGCUUUGUGGUGGGAGCAGCUCCGGUACAGCAGCAGCCAAUGUAUGCGGAUGGAGAAGAAGCUUGUGACCCAAGUAAUGGUUUAGGGUUAGGGGUUGAGGCCGGAGAGGAUAUGAGCAGCUGCAGCUGUUCUCCCGAUUUCUGGAUGUUUGAUGAUCUGUUCAUAGAAACACUCUGAAUUAUUAGUAAGAGUGUGGCGGGGUGCUGUUACUAGCUUUAUGUGUAUGCUUCUACUAUUGGCUAAUCUCUACUCUAGCUUGCAUUGUCUGAACAAGUUCUGUUAUAAUACCUAUCUUCGUUUAGCUCCA